CCUUUCCGUCAGCAAGGAACGAUUAGAGUGACGGAGUUCCUUUCCGUCUAUAUCGACGGCGAGAAGCAGGAAGCUCCCCGACGUAGAGUUUAAGCUAGAGAAAUGGCGGGGAUCGUGAUAGUAUUCGACUUUGAUCGGACAUUGAUAGACGGAGAUAGUGACAACUGGGUGGUAACGGAGAUGGGGCUCACAGAGAUCUUCCAUCAGCUCCGCUUCACUUUACCAUGGAAUCGUCUCAUGGAUAGGAUGAUGACGGAGCUUCACUCGCAAGGGAGAUCGAUUCAGGACAUUGAAGCUUGCUUGCAAAGAAUAAUGCCUAUUGAUUCUCAUAUCGUCGACGCUAUCAAAUCAGCCAAGUCUCUAGGAUGUGAUUUGAAGAUUGUGAGUGAUGCGAACCAGUUUUUCAUCGAGAAGAUACUAGAGCAGCAUGAUCUGUUGGAUUGCUUCUCAGAUAUUUACACAAACCCAACCUCCGUUGAUGAGAAUGGAAAGUUAAGGAUCUCACCAUACCAUGGUGGUGCUGCUUCGACUCCACAUAGCUGCAACCUCUGCCCUCCAAAUCUGUGCAAGGGUUUGGUAAUGGAUCAUAUACGAGCUUCUUCUUCUCGCAAGGAUCAGGUUUUAACGAGGUUUAUCUACCUUGGGGAUGGAGGAGGUGACUUUUGUCCGACAUUGAAGCUGAGAGAGUGUGAUUGUGUGAUGCCGAGAACGAAUUAUCCGCUAUGGAAGCGGAUUUCAGACAAGUCAUCGCUGAUCAAAGCAGAUGUCAAGGAGUGGAGCAGUGCAGAGGAACUACAGAGGAUCCUUAUGCAACUUGUCAGCACAAUGACAAAGGAAGAUUCAUAACAAAACUAUAUACUCUUUUGAAACGAACACCAAGUCGGAAGUGUUUCUGAUUGAUGUCAAGAUAGGACUCUCUGUGAGUUCCUCUUCACUUGAUUGAUUUACACAUUGUUGUGUAAUUGGUAAUGAAUAAAACUCAAAGCUACUUAUUACCAAUAAAAUUAUAUUCGAAUUGAA